AUGGUCUACGACACUGAUAUCGUAGCAACCUUUACUGGUCUUGGCAGGGACCGAAACAGAUGCAUCGCCACCGGCCACCAAUCUGCCUUCGUCAUCUACAGCAUGCCGCUACCUAGCCGACUACUGUACCUAUCAUGGUAUCGAUGGUGGCUACAAUGGCAGCGACAUUGGGAUACCAAUCCCAGACAUUUUGGAUCACCAAAAGGAGAGCACAAGCGCCUAGCAACCUCUGAUUUCGAAAUACCCGACCCUCUCCAACUCGACAAGCUUCUGACUCUCAGCUGCGACUCCAGAGCAGUCAAUGCUCUCCUCACCAGCGUAUUCUUCGAACCGGAUGUGGAGAGCAACAUAUGCGGCAUGUGGUUACGUGGCUCGUUCGCAUUUCUCAACACCAUCAAAGACCCCAAUCUUCUACUGCGUAUCAUGAUAAAACGCGAUCCAGAGCUUGGAUUCCUGUGGGUCGGCGCUUUCAUAACAGGGUGCCAUGACAAGGCACUUCGUGAGGGCCGCGGUGGUUGGUGGAUACUGAAUCUUGCAGCAGCUGUUUGGACAGGGACACUGAUGUCUUUCAUUCAAGAGCCAGUGCUUUGUCCCGCCCCAGGAACAAUGUCAAUUCCGCGGGCUGACGAGUGUCGUUUGUCCUUUCUUUGUCAUGGUAUUGAGUAUACCAUACCACCUUUGUUUCCCUUUGCGCCAUUCGGAUCCACGGCUUUACUCGACACAAAUCUAGAUGUCCGGGAGCAUUGGUCAUGCGGAAAAGAUCAUGCUGUCCGCUAUACCGGUAUGACCUGGCGCUGCAAUGACGGCACGGAGAUCAAACAAGAGCCCGAGGCUCCGAUGGUUGUGAUGAGACCCAAGACCGGACAAUACCUCAAUAUCAACACAAAAGUUGAGGUCGAUUACGAAGACUACGAUUCAGAUGACGGUACCUCAGAAUCAGUGACUAGACAUAUUUUUACUUGGCUUCGUGAACAAGAUGGGUUCCCUAUUGCUGAGAGGGCGAUCCGUGAACACGAGUGGAUUGAUAACUUUUAUUCUGAUGGCGACGAACCCAUUGAGGGGGACGCACGUUCUACGGUCGGGGGACAUAUUCAUGGGUGGCUGUUGAAAACAUCAACUCAAAGAUCAAAUUCUAUUUGA